AUGAGCACCGAAAACAAGGAGUGGUCAAGGACCAAACUGUCGCUCGAAAAACCAUAUAAAGACGCAAAUGGAUCACUCAUUCGCAACCUGUUGGACAUCUCCAACGAGGAAGAGUUCAUAUACGAGCAGCCAAAGUCUAUCGAUGAACAACUAGGAACGCGUCUCCAGCGCGUGUUUGACGAGCGAGGAAACACUAUAUGGGAUGAAUAUACUCCUCAGUGGCUCGAGGAUGAUUCCAACGCGCCAGAAGCAGACGAUGAUACCGAGGAAGGAGAAGACGAGGAUGAGGAAGAGUCAGAAGAAAAGCAGGUCAAGACGAAGAAGAAGCCUAUGAAAGUCGAAGAGCUCGCAAAACUUAGAUCCGAGGUCGUGCCCAUGCUCAUGCAAGUCGUUCGCAAUCCUCCGCAAGCCCUGAAUGAACUCAUGAUAUCGCGUGAUGCUCUCGGGGUGUAUCUACAAAGUGCCUCGCCAAACGCGCCAACAGAAGGAAUAACACCAGAGCUCAACACGCUUCCACCAAAAGCCAUAGCAUCGACAAUUAUCACAAAGAACCCUCCACUUCCCUCCAUUCAAGCAUUCAAUGCACAACUGGCUGUGGGCGGCAAAGACGAGGCUUUGCGUAAAUCAGCCGCUGCAUUCAAGACAGCAGCCCUUAGCAUGCGGCGGGCCUUGGCUUCGGGAGAACGUUACUGGACAGACGCUUUGCGGGCUCGGAAUGCAAACUGGCCUAUAAUCGCCGCCCCACUGAUUUACAACCGCAUGACUCGUCGCUCAGGCGAUACCAAUACGAUGGAUGUAUGCAUCUCUCAUGGACUCGAAAACUCCCCACGAGAUCUGCAUUCAUCUCUGGUCUGGUUGAACACGGAGGAUGGAGUUGGACCUAUUGCACAAGGCAAUAGAAAGCCUUCGCGCCUUUGUGUUCUCGUCGAAACUCAGAGCCCUGACGGUACAAAGGUCAUUUCAAGAAGUACGGUCGUUCCGCAACUGGUAGAUAAAGAGGACGAAACGGUCGAACAGGUGCUUGAGGAUAUGCAAAGAGAGUCUAUAGAUAGAGAGAUAUUUGCAGAGCUGGUCGCCAACGCGCCUCAUCUCAAGACCGCCACAGCCUGGGUGCGAGAACAAACAGUAUCCGUCGAAAUAUCGCCAAAAACUUCCUUACGCUUUGAAAUUGCUGCCGAGGCGGACCUUGAGCCAUCGCCUCUGUCAGGUUCGGAUCCAGUUGUGAAUGCAAUUUGCGAUGCCAUCUACUAUGCAUUGCGACUCGUUUUGCUUCGACUACAUGCAUAUAAUGUCGCCCAACGCCGUUCUCAGAAUCGGCAACCCGGCCUCCCCAGACCGCCUUUGCUCGAUGGCGUCGUUGAAUUGUUCCUCUACCAUACCUUUGUUAGCAGCCUGGAACGCCAUCUUAGAAUGUUUGUUCGCGGGCUGGAGCAAUCUGGUAUCGAGGUCUUCUUGCGAUUCAAUCGACUGGGCGAAACGGCGGACGAACUCGUCUCUCUCCUUGCUGCGCCGUACACGACAGAGGACCAAAUAAGAAAAAAGACUAUCGGAGGUGAAAUCUUGUUACGGCUCGCUGGAAGACAAACUCUCCGCUUCACAAUGAUCUCUCCUUCGCAACUGACGGCAUACCUGGCACAAUCCACAUUUUUGAUUCACUCGAUAUCACAACUUGAAGAAGUUUUACGGCACGAAGUAAACCGUUGCGUGUUGGUUGGUAUCUGUGACAUUGGUCGAGAGAAGAUGACAGGAGCAGCCAAAGAAUCGUGGUUCAUGGACGUUGUAGAAGCAAAGUGCUUUGCGUCCUGGGAUGGUACAAAUAUGUGCGUGUCCGGAAUUGCUAUAGUCGUGAGCUAA